CUGCAGCAACAUUAUGCAAAGAGUCACAAACAUCUGGAAUAAGUUACCGCGCGCAGCAACCGAAGCAGAGUCUAAACAAGUGCAAGACGUUACCGCAUUUAUGUCUGGGAAAAGGAGUGGUUAGAAGGGCGAAAAUAGCUUGGAAGGUGGGGGGAAAGAUAAAGCGACUCGGGGCCGGUGGGGGCGAGGAGUCGAGUCCACCCGGCGCGAUCGAGACGCCGCGAUCUGCAGAGCGUGGGAUGCUGGGGGCUGCUCGGAGCUCGCCCGGACACCGGGGACCCGUCGACGGGGCACAAAACGCUUCCAGUUUGCUUUCCAGGCCCGACGCCGUGGCGCGAUGGCUUCCCAAGGCGGAAAGCAAAUAAAAAAACCAUCAGGGCCCACCAGCCUCGCGGCGACCCACGCGGAGGUGCAAAAUAUCCGGGCGAGCCGGGGAGCAAAAACCCCAGGCAAGCGGAGGAGGACCGGGACUCCUUUGCGCGGAGACCUUUGCAUCAAAAUGCUGAUAGUUGAAAAGACAACUGACUACCCUUCGGCCGAGUACUCCCUGGUGGAGGAUGUAGCCCUCCACUUCACGUGUUUGAUGGACAGACUGAAUGAGCAGCGCCUCUUUCAGCCGGACCUGUGCGACGUGGACAUCGUGCUGGUGCAGCAGAAGAGCAUCUUCCCAGCGCACAAGGGGGUCCUCGCUGCCUACAGCCAGUUCUUCCACUCCCUCUUCACCCAGAACAAGCAGCUGCAGCGCGUGGAGCUGUCGCUGGAGGCCCUGACCUCGCAAGGCCUCCAGCAGAUCCUCAACUUCAUCUACACCUCCAAGCUGCUGGUCAACUCCUGCAAUGUGCAGGACGUGCUGAACGCGGCCGCCGUGCUGCAGAUGAACAACAUCGCCUCCUCCUGCCAGGAUCUCCUCGACACCCGGUCCCUGAGCCUGGCCAUGGCCAGCGACAUGGCCCUGCCCCCCGAGGGCUGUGCCAACGCCGUCCCCCCGCCCUACUACUGCGAGAUCAAGCAAGAGGUGGACGCCCCGCACCCCAAGAUCUACGCCCGGGAAGGCAACGACCCCUACUCGGUGCGUGUGGAGGAUGGGGCCGGUGGUGGGACGCUGCCUGCUGUGCCGGCCAAGCAGUACUACAAGGAGGAGAAGGACGGCGGUCCAGCCGCCGUCUGUAAGAUGGAGGGCGAGGAGUCCGAGGAGGACCUGGACAGCCAGGGCUCGUACAACCGGGAGCAGAUCAUCGUGGAGGUGAACCUCAACAACCAGACCCUGAACGUCUCCAAAGGGAUGGAGGGGAAGCCAGCCGCCAGCGAGGCUGCUGCCACGGCCACCGCAGUCGUGGGGCGGCCCGAUGGCGAUGGGCGCGACACUGAGGAGGACGGGGAAGAGGAGAACGAGGAAGGGGAGGAGGAGGAAGAAGAGGAGGAGGAUGCGGAGGUGGGGGAGGAGGAGGAGGAAGAGCACAGCGAGGAGGAAGACCUAGAGGACACAACAGAAGAAGAGGAAGAGGAAGAGGAUGAUGAAGAUGCUUCAGAGGUAAAAAGGGAAAAGAGCGGGCAGCCCCGCAGAACCAGCCGGGCAUCCAAAGCCACCAAAUCUGCCAUGGCCACCAGGUCCCAGGAGAUGGCCAAGGUGGAAGAAGAGGAGGAGGAGGAAGAGGAAGGCCAGCGAGGGAGGAAGAGGAAGAAGGAGCAGGACGGAUUGGGCCAGAAGGUGAAGCUGGAGGAGAAGCAGCACUACCCAUGCAAGAAGUGCCCCCGGGUCUUCAACAACCGCUGGUACCUGGAGAAGCACAUGAACGUGACACACAGCCGCAUGCAGAUCUGCGACAAAUGCGGGAAGCGCUUCCUGCUCGAGAGCGAGUUGCUCUUGCACCACCAGACCGACUGCGAGAAGAACAUCCAGUGCGUGACGUGCGGGAAGGGGUUCAAGAAGCUCUGGUCGCUCCACGAGCACAACAAAAUUGUCCACGGCUACGCGGAGAAGAAGUUCUCCUGCGAGAUCUGCGAGAAGAAGUUCUACACGAUGGCCCACGUGCGGAAACACAUGGUUGCUCAUACCAAGGACAUGCCGUUCACGUGUGAGACGUGCGGGAAGUCCUUCAAGCGCAGCAUGUCCCUGAAAGUCCACUCACUCCAGCACUCUGGGGAAAAGCCGUUUAAAUGUGAGAACUGCAACGAGCGGUUCCAGUACAAGUACCAGCUGCGCUCCCACAUGAGCAUCCACAUCGGCCACAAGCAGUUCAUGUGCCAGUGGUGCGGCAAGGACUUCAACAUGAAGCAGUACUUUGACGAACACAUGAAGACGCACACGGGCGAGAAGCCCUACAUCUGCGAGAUCUGCGGCAAGAGCUUCACCAGCCGCCCCAACAUGAAGCGGCACCGCCGGACCCACACGGGCGAGAAGCCCUAUCCCUGCGACGUCUGCGGCCAGCGUUUCCGCUUCUCCAACAUGCUCAAGGCCCACAAGGAGAAGUGCUUCCGCGUCAGCAACCCUUUGGCCUCGGACACGGCCGCCGCCGCCGCCAACAGCGGCCUGGCCGCCCCCCAGCCCUCCGCCGGCUCGCCCCAGCUGCCCCCCGGCACCUUGCCGCACGCCCACCCCCUGCCCCUGCCGCUGCUUCAUCCCCUCCCACAGAGCCUCCCUCCUCCUCCUCACCUACCGCCGCCGCCUCCCCUCUUCCCCGCCACCGCCACCGGCAGGGUCAACGCCAACAACAACUAGGCAGCAGCCGCGCGGACCGGACCGCCCUCCGGAAAACGCCUUCGCCGCGGAGCCCUCUCUGUCCCCCUUCCUCCUGGUUUCGGGGUUGUUUUGGGGUUGGGUUUUUAUUUUUUUUUUUAAUUUUUUAUUUUUUAUUUUUUCGCCUUUCUUGGCUGGGAGGGGAGCUCUGGGCCAGAGCCAGCGCCGCAGGGAGAAGCCCCCGAGGAGCGGGGAGGAAGGGGCCACGCGGCGCCUGUCCAUAAGGGUGUAGAUAAAAGGCGUUGCUCAGCCCCAGCUUUCGUCCCGCAUGAGGUCCUUCCCAGCUGGGCAGGUUGGGAAACGUCCAGCCAAGGGUUCUCGCCCGCUUCGAGGUGGCCACGCGGCCUCCAUCACUCGAUGGACAUCCCAGCCACCGCGACCGGCCUCUCCCCGUGGAUCGUCUCCCUCCCCGAGGCCUGUGGAGGCAGGAGGGAUCGUCCAGGGCUGCUUCCCACCCGGAGCUAGCUUGGAGGAGAGCGUGGGGGUGAGGACCCCAGCCCCGGAGCAGGCGGAGAGGUCAGUGGCGGCACGUGCCAGCUUGCUAGCCCGAUGCCUGCGAGCUCUUUGAUAUUUAUAAGAAGCAGAAAUCUAGUUAGUGGUGCUCGAAUCGCCGUACUGUAAAGCUGGUCUUUCAAUCAGGCUCUUUAGGAGAAUUAUGGCCCACGGAGGAAUUACUUGCUCGUGGCAUCGAGCCAGUGCAAGACGAGUUGUCGCCACCCGCAGUCCCCUCCAGCUGGGGAGUCCCCGGGCCAACGGCGAGCACGCAGGUGUCCCUCCUCCAAACUCCGCCGGCCUGCUCUCCUUAGCACGUCUUCCUUCCCCACGCUAGGUGUUUCUCCCCUCCGCGGAUUUGGUAGAUGAAAGCACAAGCCAGCGGCGUGCCAAAUUCACGAGCCGCGUCUGGGCAUAUUGGCACCCUGUUGUGAUUUAAUUCCCAGCGUGUGGGAUCGGGCUCUGGUGUCCCCUUUCUGCUAAUCCCAAUGAGAUCUGGUUUUUUAGGGACUCUCGAGUUUGCAGCAUUGCCGUGGGGGAGCUCAGGUGGGCUUUGAGACCGAAAGGCAGGUUGGUGGGUUGCUCCAUAGCAACCUUGCAUGGAGCAGCAGGACGUCACGUGAGGCUGAGGUUUCUUGGGAGAAUCAGUCCAGAAUAGUGCCUUAACAAUUCGAAUAAGUGUCUGACUGACGAGCGAACUCCAGGUGUUUGCUGGAGUUGUUGCUCUCUUGAACUCUGCAAGCUGGAUCUCAUUGCAAGGAUUAGAGCUGAAGCAAGACGGAUUUCGGUCUCGCCCAAUAGCAUCUUGUCCUCAAACUUUUUGCCGUGUCAGAAAAGCCCAUGCAGCUCUCCCAAGCUUCGCUUCCCCACCAGGGUUGUGGCAUUGGCAGCUGACGCUCUCCUCGGCUGCAGUUUGGCUGAGACAGGAUGUUUCUGGUGCAGUGAUCACCUCUGGGAGAAGAGAGGAACCCAGCUUGCCCGGGCCUCGCAGGAGAGCGCUGGGGUUGAUUUGAUGAAGCCCCACAGCGUUGAUUAGCAUCUCUGCAGCCACGUUGUACUUGAACGCUCCUCUUCCCGUAUGCUGAAUGACGGUGAGGUUGAGCUGGUCUUUGACUUCACUUAUUCAGGCUUGCUUUGUGCAAGCAGGGGAGGAGCGGAGGAACUGUGGUCUCAAGUGGCUGUCACCUACCCUGGCUGGAGAGGAAAGUCCAGGAAGACUUUGCUGUAUUUUUUGUUGAAUGCUGUGAUAUAAGCUGGCUCUCUUGCUGCUAUGAUUUGCCCCAAGAUGUCAUGCAUUGGUCUAUCCCCAACUGCAUGGUGUCACUGCAGUUGCCCUCAUGAGUACCUCCCAAGGACAUGUCCCCUUUGGAGCUGGGCAGUUUGAGACCACUGCAGGAGCUGCAGAGCAUCUUGGGCACAGGCAGAGAGAGGUGACGACCAAGAUGUGUGGGAGGCUUUGCGGCCGAUGCGUUGCUGCCAGGGCCAGCUCUGUGGUGAGACCGGUAGGAAAGCAAAGGCAAUGCACGUGGAUGUGGGCCAGGUACCUGCUGAGGCAGUGAGCAGUGCUGUUGGCGUAGGUAAGCUGGGAGUGAGGUCACUGGGUGGGCUGCAGAAGCCAGUUCUCAUUUGCACCUUGGUCUAGGCAACAAGCAGUACUGGGGCACUGGGGACUGAGCUGCAUCUGGCUCUGCAAGAAGUUUUGAUGUUUCAUCUCAUAGACCAAGUCAGCAAAGCACUUGGGCACUGUGUAACUUGCAGAGCCCAGCACAGGGUUGUAUCUCCACAGAGCCAGGAGGAUUUAUCCACAUGCUCUGGUGCUUUGCUGAAGGAGGACGUACAGGAGUGUGAGGCUGAACGGGAUGGGAUUGCUGGCUGUCCCUGUGAGUGGUGUUUGAAGUGACAGGUUAGGUGAUUGGUGUCCUCUCCUGCUUAGUGCACCGAAUGACAGCACUCAUGCCCAGCAUCCUCUGGAAGCCUGGCUGCUCUUGAGUUGUUACUGUUUUAUAGCAACAAUUUUUUUUUCAUCCUUACGAGCCUCUCGUGUUGGCUGGGGUCCUCUGGAGCCCCGGUGUUGCAAUCAGUCCCUGAACGGGUGAGUUCACACUCAUCACAUCCGUUUUGUGCAAAGGGAGAAAGCUAUGGCUGAGUUGCUUUGAGACAUUUUACCUUCUCAGGUGGAUCUCAAAUGCUCCUCUGCUGCCCUUCUUCCACGCACGCGCUGGGAUUUAUCAGGCUGGUGCAACACCUUUUGAAACGCCCUCCCGUAAGGGACUUGGGCCCUCAGCUGUUGGAGCUGUUGGCUCCCUGGAGGGAGCAGGACCCAGCCUGGAAGGUGAUUGCUUUGGAGGAGCGCACAUCAGAGGUGUUGGAGGGCUUCAGUAGAGCUGUCCAUGUCAUCUUCUCCGCUGCCUCCCAGACCCCAUCCCAUGGGACUCCUUUACAUUUCUUUCCCCUCGCCCUCCUAGGCUUUGAGACCAGAUAGGAGCUGCGCACUACGAGGAAAGCUAACCUGCCUGUACGGUCUUCAUUUUGUGAUGAGACUGUUGGCUUGUCCAGCUGGUAAACUUGGCCAACUCCUUUUGGCAGUAAAUCCCCACAUGAACAUGUCCCCCCUCAGUACUGCUUAUCUAGAGAGUGGUUUCCCAGUCCCCAGCCCUUCCUGUCUCCGCAAGGACCAGUCCCACUUGAACGUCACCACGAGAUGAGAGAUCCUCCUUGAGGCUAAUGACAUCACGAUCACUUCAGAGAGGAGAAGUGGGGCAGGAGCACUUGCUGGUACUCAUCCUGCAGCAGCUUGGCUUCGCCACAUGCACAGAAAGCCCAGUGACCGAUUUUAGCUGCUUCUAAUGAUCUUUGAGACCCUGCCUGGAGAGCUGCUUGGAGACGUUGAGAUGUGACCAUGCACACAGCACUUUGGAGAACCAGAUCCCUGCUGCUCCCUCCCCUACUCCAAGGCCUGGGCAGCUCCUGGAGUCCUACACGGCCUCUGAACCCUUUUGUCUACACCCUUAUUCAGUCCCUAUGUGUCUCUUGAUGUCUAUUUUUCGUUAAUGUAUUAAGACCUGAAAAGAGUCACUCUAGCAGUGUCUCGGCCCAGAUUCAUCCCAGGUCAGACCCCAUUGGCACCUGUUGAGUGAGACAGAGUGGGAGGCAGGGGAAUUGGGUCCGUUGUUUUCAAGCUUUUUAUAUUUUAUUUUAUUUUAUUUUAUUUUUUAACUCUUGCACCUUAAUCUCUCACAUCCCUUCUUCAACAGACCAUGAGGGUGGAGAGGGGCUUAAUUUCCAUUACGCAGUCGAUGAAUACUCUGCAAAGCAACAUUCAGCUGACAACCCUGCCCACACGCUACCCCCCGACCUUUUUUUUUUUUUUUUCCUCUCAUUGGUUGAACUCUGGGGAGGGAGGGAGUCACGCGUGGGGGUUGUUUUUGUUUUAUAUAUCCCAGGAGCCUGGUAGCACAGACCAGUUUGCCUCAUAAUGUCCAUGAGGCACGGCUGGCCCUUCGGACCACAGCCAUAAUCCGAGCGCGUUGAGAAGGUGACGGAUGGACGUCGGGUGGAAACGGCUGUGACAGUGCAAUAGAGAUUAGCAUCCGCUGCUAGACAACUCCACUGAUUUAACUAUUGGUUUGCCAGAAGUUGAGAGGGAAGGACGGACAGACGGACACCCUUGGUUCACACGGACGGAGACAGCUUCCCCGCACAGCCCUGCCUAGUGACUUAACCACGAUGGAGUUGGGUAGAACUUAAAAAGGAAGAAAAUAAAAAGGAAACAAAUAAAAAAGAGCAACCUCAAUAGCAUGGAACUUAAAGGAAAAAAAUGAAACCCCAAGCACUUGCCUCAAAACUAAUUUCUAAUGCCUGAUGUUUGGCUCUGUAUGAUUUUCCGGCAUUCAGUAUCGGUUGCCCAGACAUGCCAAGUUAAGAGUGUAUCGGUGGCUUUACUAGUGUGAACAAACUUAAUGAAGCACUUUAUUCUGUAUAGAUAAGGGAAGGCGGGGAGGGGAGGGGAAGCUUGGAUGCUUUUCGGAAGCGUCUUAAGUAAUGUUCUAGGAAAUGUAUUAUUAUUAUUACUUUUUUUUUAUGACCAUGUGUAAUCAAUAUAUGUUUAUCUUCAAGUACAGCAGUUACUCUCUUUGGGACGGUGUGAUGAAGGGGAGGGUGAGACGGCCAGGUUAGUCCAUCAGAGGGGAGCCGCUGGGGAAAGGCAUUGCCUGCUGCAGGAGCAUGCAAGUCUUGCUUCAUUGAAGGCCCUGUUGGUGCACGUCCAGGAGGUCCCAAGAGGUGCAUCAACGCUGCCUUCAAGGGCGCAGCUCACAGAGGGCCUCGGCACCAGGGCUGAGGUGGCCAGUCCCCAGCACGUCUCCAUCCUGAGCUGGCUUCUGCCCGGCGGUGCUGGGGCUGAUCUCUGAGCCGCCUGCGAGUGAGGUGAGCAACAGUGGGCUGUUUUCAUGCGUCUCUAAAGGCUAUGUCCUCAGCCACGCUUUGAAACCUGCUUUUGGCCUCUCACCAAGGCACGUCAGGGGUCACUGAGCUCUGAAACUGGUGAGAGGUCGGAAUUAGGCCUCUGUGCUGCCUUCUCCCAGUCUGGAAGUGUUAUGACUGUUACCAAAGAGGUUGCAAGUGGAAGGACUGAAUCAAUAAACAAUUUGUCUUUUAUAAAAGAAAA